GGAUAAAGCCACUAGGAUUAGAAGAAGAAGGAGAAAACAAAAAAUUAUUUGUUGUGGGAUAAUCCCGGAGCCGGGGGAUGUUCGGAAUUUCGUGGGGUCCUGUGAGGUUAGAAGAAUGUGCACCGGUCCAAUGAACAGAAUUUUCCACUGGGGGCCACUUACCGCAAUCGCAAUAAUAAAAAUCAUAACCCUGAUGACAAUUCACUGCAGUAGACAGUGGUGGUCCCCCCAGGAGAGCAUCUCCGGUGCCGCAAAUUUUUUACUAUUUUUCAGCCUAAGUGGAUCAACAAUUUACCACUUUAUCACAGCAAUCUACGAGGGACCGGGCUAUCUCCCCCUGAAAUGGAUGCCUGAGAAGCUGGAAGAUACUCAGUAUCUGCAAUUCUGCAGAAUAUGCGAGGGCUACAAGGCUCCGCGCAGUCAUCACUGCCGCAAAUGUGGUCGUUGUGUCCUCAAGAUGGACCACCAUUGUCCCUGGAUAAACAACUGCGUGGGUCACUACAAUCACGGGCAUUUCGCAGCAUUUUUAGCGAGCGCCGUCGGCGGAUGCUGUGUGUCCACUGUCAUCCUCGUUUGCUGGCUGCUAACAGUUUUAUCGAGAAGAAAUAUCAAUUUUCCUCCACCGUCUGUGUUCACUCUAGUCAUUGUGGUCUUCACUAUCGGCCUUUCUAUUGGAGUCGUUCUGGCUGUGGGAAUGCUACUCUACUUUCAAUUAUCAGCGAUUAUUCGCAACACAACAGGCAUUGAAGACUGGAUACUUGAGAAAGCCAAAUACCGAAGGAUGGGUACGAAAGAUAAAUUCAUUCACCCUUACUCAAUAAGGUGGGGCGUCAACGUCAGGCAAGUGCUCAAGUGGCACUGCGAGCCCGAUGGCAAUGGCAUUAUAUGGCCGGUACGGGAGGGCUGUGAUCAAUAUACACUCACGAGGGAGCAGGGUUAUCAGAAAAAGGAGAAGCGUCGUAGAGCCAGGAUAUAUCGAGUGAUAUCCAAGGUAUCUGGUUCCUGGAUACCGAUCACGUAUGGUUGGCGGGUUGUUUGUCACCCGCCAUGCACGGACGAGCCAAGGAUCAGGCUCGAUCCCGAGGAUAUUGUCACCGUGACCCGAUGGCGACGACAUUGGCUGUUCGGCGAGAAGAUGCAAGAGACCGACGAUCCAAAGAUACGUGUAAAAGGAUGGUUCCCACGUACGAGUGCAAUCGAGGUCGUGGAAAACGAGGAAUACCCCGACUCCUUCUCGAAGGACGACUGAAGAUUGUCAUUGCGUAAUCCAACGAAUUCAGCUCUCUCAUAAAUAUCAUCACAUGCGUGUUGAUCAGCCAGUAAAUUUUCACUGUUGUUUUUAUACCAUUCGUUUACUAUUUUUUUUAUCGGGUUGUUAUUCACUGCAUUCGAGGGGGCAUUCAGGAUAAUUGUAAUUACGUGUAACCCAUGAUUUUUAAUGAGUUGUUAUAAUGGUAUACCGUUGGAUUUCCAAGGACGAAUGUGUCUGGAGGUACGUUCCCUUGACGAUUUCCGCGGAAUUAUGUUUAUUCUAAUUAUCUACUUAAAUACAUCUUCGAUAUUGAGAAAAUUUUUAUGCAAUUAUGUUGUUUCAUUACGA